AUGGACGAUCCGCGUUAUUUCAACUCGCGUUAUAGAGGCCCUGCUGCUCUGGAAACACCCAAACUCAUUCGCAGCAUUACCAUCGACCGAUGCAGCAACUUUACAAGUGGCGGUGCCAAUGGAAACGACAUCAACCUUCUUUCACAACUCUACAAAGCACGGACCAACUCGGAGGAGUUUAUUUCACUGCUCGUGUACAGCGUACCUGAUCUACGACGGAUACCCUUUGAUGAAGCAGUGCAACAAGAGUUUAGACCUACACGCUUGGGAGAAUGGUUUGGUCCAUCGUGGUCGACCCACUGGUUUCAUGUACAACUUCGUAUCCCGAAUGAAUUCGCUGGUGAAGAGGUCCAUUUUAUUUGGAAUGCAGACAAUGAAGCAUUGAUUUGGAGCAUUGAUGGCAUGCCCUUACAAGGCUUAACGGGAGGAGCUGGUAGCGAUGCACGACAUGAAUACAUCUUGACAACAAAUGCCCAAGGAGGAGAAAUCAUCCAAUUCUAUAUUGAAAUGGCUUGCAAUGGGAUGUUUGGUGCAGGAAAUGGUCUCAUUGGCCCACCCGAUCCUAAUCGAUUCUUCAACCUGAAUGAAUUGGAUCUCGCUGUACCCAAUCGACGUGCGUGGGAUCUCCUCUACGACUUUCAAAUCAUCCUAGGCAUGGCAAGAGACCUUUCUCAAGAUUCAUUAAGAGCAGCCCAAGCAUUGAAUACAGCCAACAACAUUGUCAACACUUUUCUCCCAGGCAACGAUGAAAGUAUCGAGCGCUGCUUACAAAUAGCCAGCCAUUUCCUCAACGCGAAGAAUGGUGAUUCACAACACGAGGUUAUUGCACUUGGUCAUUGUCACAUUGAUACGGGAUGGCUUUGGCCUUUUGAAGAGACGAUUCGCAAAGCAGCACGUAGCUGGUCUUCUCAAAUUGACCUUAUGGAUCGAUAUCCGGAUUACAAGUUUAUUUGUUCACAAGCUCAGCAAUAUGAAUGGGUGAAGGACAACUAUCCACCUCUAUGGGAGCGGAUCAAAGAAAAGAUCUCUUUGGGACAAUUCAUGCCGACUGGUGGCACAUGGAUCGAAAUGGAUACGAACAUGCCAAGUGGGGAAUCGCUCUGCCGCCAGUUUCUUCUUGGACAACGAUUUUAUGAAGAACAUUUCGGCAAACGGUGUAAGGUCUUCUGGCUACCAGAUUCAUUUGGGUAUUCGUCACAGCUGCCACAACUCAUGCAUCUUGCGGAUAUGAAGUACUUCUUUACACAAAAGCUGUCAUGGAACAAUAUCAACAAGUUUCCUUUUACGACGUUUUGGUGGAUCGGCUUGGAUGGCACCAAGGCAUUGACCCAUAUGGCUCCUUCUGAAACCUACAAUGCUCAAUGCACACCCGAAGAAUUGAUUAGAACUGUGCGAAAUCAUCGUGACAAGGAGUAUUCCAAUACAAGUCUUUUGGUUUAUGGUAAUGGUGACGGCGGUGGAGGUCCAUUGGCAAGCAUGAUUGAACGUCUACGACGGAUGAAGAAUGUGGAUGGGUUGCCCAAAGUAGAAAUGGGGGCUCCUUCGGAUUUCUAUGAACGUCUCGAACGCGAUACGCCAACACUUGCUACAUGGUCUGGGGAAAUGUACUUUGAAUUACAUCGCGGCAUUUUCACUACACAUGCUCUAUGCAAGAAGUUCAAUCGCACGUGUGAGCUGUUAUUGAGAGACGUGGAGAUACUGGCAACAUUUGCACACAUUGCGGAUCCAGAAAACUUUGAAUAUCCAAAGGCUGAAUUGGACCAAUUCUGGAAAAUGAUUUGCCUCAUCCAAUUUCACGAUGUCAUGUCAGGCUCUGCCAUCGAGAUGGUUUAUGAUGACUGCCUACAGAUGUAUAGCAAAGUCGAUAUGCUUGCACGACAAACUCGUACCAUGCUCAUGGACAAGCUCCUUGAUUUGGAUGACACAGCGUUGCCUGAAGGAAAACAAGCUCUUGCUGUCUUUAAUACAUUACCUUGGGCACGCAGUGAAGUCAUUGAGGUUCCGUUGGAUGAAGGAUUACCGACAAUGAAACAAUAUUCAGCAUUUGGGCGAACCGGAUACGCUAUUGUGGAAAAUGUGCCACCAUUGGGUGUUCGUGGGCAUAACUUUACCGAGGAAACCGAAUAUGAGCCUGUCAAGGUGACCACCGAUCGCAAUAACAACAUCGUCAUGGAAAAUGUCUUUAUUCAGGCAACAUUUGACAAGUCCGGUCAUCUGAUUGGGUUGACUGAUAAGAAACUCAAUCGACCAUUAAUACGACCCAACGAGCGUGGCAACGUAUUCAGGAUGUUUGAGGAUAUACCGUUAUUUUGGGAUGCAUGGGAUGUCGAAAUUUAUCAUUUGGAAAAAGGAAGGAUUGUGGAGGAAGGAUCGGUGCAAUUGCUGGAACAAGGACCAUUACGGGCUGCACUUUUGGUAGAAAAGCGGAUCUCGGAUACAAGCCGGUUACGUCAAAUUGUGGUCAUCACUGCGAUAUCACGCCGCAUAGACUUUGAGACUGAGGUUGAUUGGAACGAGAAUCGACAAUUCUUGAAAGUAGAGUUUGCAUGGGACAUCAUGGCCGACAAGGUUACCUAUGAGACACAGUAUGGAACAGUACAACGACCAACACAUUACAACACGUCGUGGGAUAGUGCCAAAUUCGAAGUGGCGGGCCACAAGUUUGCUGAUAUCUCAGAAUAUGGUUAUGGUGUGGCGUUAUUGAAUGACUGCAAGUAUGGGUAUGCUGCCCACAACAAUGUCGUUCGUUUAUCUUUGAUUCGGUCACCCAAGGCACCUGAUUCGAAUUGUGAUAUUGGACAUCACGUGUUCAAAUAUGCGAUUUAUCCACACGAGGGUCACUUUAUUCAAUCGGAUGUUGUUCGCGAAGGUUACAAUUUCAAUGUGCCAUUGCUAAGCAAGGUCAUUCCACAAAGCAAGACUGCAAACGUCGCGAAAGCACUACCACAAUUCCGACUUGAAGAUGCACCUAAUGUUGUAUUGGAUACCAUGAAGCGCGCAGAAGAUAGCCCUGAUAUCAUUAUUCGAUUAUAUGAAGCUUAUGGUGGUCAUGCAAGGGCAAGGCUUGUUUGCUCGUUACCUAUGAAGGCUAUCUAUCGGUGCAAUAUUCUCGAGGAUGAAAUGGAGGCUGUUACUACGAGUGUCGUUUCAGCGGCUGGUGACCGUACAUUUAGUACGAAUUUACGAGUGUUGGAUGACGACAUAGUGGAAAUGCAACAAGAGGCUGAGAUGCGAAGGCAAGCUGAAGGUGUUUAUCUUAAUGUUGGGCCAUUCCAGGUGGUUACAUUGAAAAUCUCAUUGUAG